AUGGAGCAGCAGAGACAGAGAUCUCUCUCCACAUCAGGGGAAUCGCUGUACUUCGUGCUGGGACUCGACAAGAGCGCCACGACAGACGACAUCAAGAAAUGUUACAGGAAACUCGCUUUGAAGUUUCACCCUGACAAGAACCCGGACAACCCGGACGCGGCCGACAAGUUUAAGGAAAUCAACAACGCCCACUCCAUCCUGAGCGACGGCACCAAGAAGAACAUCUACGACAAAUACGGCUCGCUGGGGCUCUACGUCGCCGAGCAGUUCGGAGAGGAGAACGUCAACACCUACUUUGUUCUGUCCAGCUGGUGGGCGAAGGCCUUGUUCGUCUUCUGCUGCCUGUCCACAGGCUGUUAUUGCUGCUGUUGCCUGUGUUGCUGCUGUAACUGUUGCUGCGGUAAAUGCAAACCUCGGCCGCCGAUGGACCAGGAGCCCGAGUUCUACGUCUCCCCCGAGGACCUGGAAGCCCAGAUGACCGCUGACGAGAGAGAUGGCGGUGAGCCCAUCGUGAUGCAGCCGUCCUCAGCCACAGAAAGCACCCAGCUCACCGCUGAUGCCCACCAAAGCUACAGAACCGACGCUUACUAGAGACACACACACACACACACACACACACACGCACACGCAGCUCUCACCUUACAGUUAACCACAACUACAUUAUAAAUACACACAUGAAUGGCUCCAGCACAAUCGCAGGACUGAUACACACUUUCUCAACACUUCCUUGUCUGUUGGUCGGUUUUCUUCUCUACAAUAAUAUAACAAACACACACACACACACACACACACACACACACACCAACAAAUACUACACACCAUCACUCAGUUGAGCCCAAACUGUUACCUUUUAAAUCACAUUAAGUUCUGAUGAGUGAGGGGAGAAGGGGAUGGAAAAAUGAACGCGAUCCUAAAAAUGUAAAAAAACUAAAUGCAUAUUAAUAAUUAUCCGAAGAGUGACAGAGUCUCCUAAUGUGAGUGUAGCUAUGAGCUCAUCUGUCUAUCAGCGGAAAUAUGAUUAAUAACAACUGUCACAAGCACAGAAGAGGAACCCUUUUCAUAACGUAAAGACACGUGCACUGAAUAUAUCACACGAUGGCUUCACCCGUAAGGGUUAUGCACAAAAUGUGAUCGUUAUUCCCGUUUCCUUUUCAAUUAUGAAUUAUGAGACCAUAAAACUUCCUCUCAAACCUUAUAAAUGAUGUCUGCUUGCAAACUCAAUUUGAGGUCGUUCACAAAUGGAAGACGAACCUCGACACUAAACAUACGCAGCGGCUUUUAACAGUGAAAUUAAACGGUGGUUAAAAACGCGACACUUUAAAUCAGUUUUCUUCCAUAAUGCAGUGAUUCUGUGUCGGGUGACCUACACAUGCACCCGGCGCUGGAAGCAGAUCAGUGUUUCUGUGUGUGUGUGUGUGUUCAGUGAGGAGCUGGCGGCUGCUUAUCUGUCCUUAAUACAACAUGAACAUCACACAGCAGCACAACAACACACUCACUUAAAAUCCUCCAUUCUAAAGUAGUUGUAGUGAUUUCAACUAACGUUGCAUUCAGACAUCCUGAGCACGUCGGCGUUCUCUUGUCACCCAGCAUCGUUUACUCUGCAUGAUUAAUCGCACAAGAUUUCGUGCCAGACAGAAACGUCUUCCUCGAGGAAACGCCGCAAACAUGUCCGCACAGACACCCGAAGGUCUUCACCAGCCGGCAGACAAACGAUAACUGUGACUGGUGUGUGUCUUUACUCCGGCGCCGAGCGUCCUGGAUCCUUGCAAGAGAAAGUAUUCCAGUAAUAAAUAAAGUAAUCCUUUUGUAGAUUUGCUCUUCCUCUUCUCCCUUCACGUCUUCCUUCUGUUGUGUUUUAACCUCGAGCCCCCCGUUUCACAGUGAGAGCGUGUGUCCAGUGGGACGUUACAAGUUCGUUACCAUACAUCAGUGACCGCUUGGUGUCCUGCGGGAGAGCAGACAUACACACUGAUUGAGCCCCUUCUUUUGUUUGUUUUUAGUUUCCAAUUUGUUUUGUGAGAAAGUAAAAAUGCUGUACAUGUGGUGUAACGUGUAUGUUUAGAGUUAACGUCGCUGUAUUUCUUUUGAAUUGGUCAGAAACUCAUUUUUCUUCUAUUCGUCUGUAGAGUCGUUUUUGUUUUCUCUUCUUUACGUCGUUAAUGAAGGGAGGAUAUCCAUAUCCAAAGUCUUAUUUGUUUGCGUGGCAGCAGUUUUUGUAGAUUAUAAAAUCCUCCAUAGCAACUGAAGAGCAGUUUAAAACAAUCAGACUAAUUAGUUAGGGUUUCAUUUUCCAGAAUAACACUUUAACACGUUGUUCUUUAUGUGUCGCACACGUGUAGCCCUCCAGCUCUGCUACAGUAGAACAUCCAGGGACGUCGUGCUGGUUUGUGUCAACAGCUUGAUUUUUGUUGUGAUUAAACCAACCAGGCUAUUUAUUCACUUUUACUUUCUUUGAUUUCUCAAUCAAACACUUUUUCUGUUCAUUAUGUAUUUAUACAUAUCAUGAGAAAGUGCAAUAUGAGCUAAAUAAGCCUUUUCGAUGGCUGUCCUACACUUCCAAUCGGUUGUUUCAGGGAAUCUGCAGGUUCGUAAAUAAUCUUAGGAGAGUUAGUGGGCAAAGAAUAGAGCUAAAUCAAGUUAAUACAGGUUUCUCCUGUCUUACAUCAGUACAAACGAGUUACUACAACAUGCAUGGUGUCUGCGCUUCACAUUUGAACAGUUUAAAACAACGUAAAGUUUUUAAUUUCUGCCCUGAAACCUGCAGAUGCUCCGUUUUUAAUCAAAGUUCUCUGAAUUAGUUUUGUGCUUCAUGUCAUGUGACCACUGUCCACUGAAAUGCCACAUUGUUAAACCCAGAAAAUCCCUCCUUCUCUUUUUCUCAUUGUCCCUCUAUUGACCAAACAUGCAACAGUGUGUGAGUGAAUGCAGCGUGAAGCCUGAAGUACAUGAACCUGGAGUCAAGAAACUUCCAUUGUUAGAUAUAAAACAAUGACAUAAAUAACAAGAACUGAUGUAAGUGUGAAUGUAGCGAUGAUAAUUAUACCGAAGCAUUAUUUUAUUUAUUUUAUUUUCCUUAUGUUUUUAAUAAUUGAUUAAUAUUAGCUGGUAUGUCGAGGGGAUGUAUAUGAUCUUAGAUGUGAACCAUUUUGACAAUGAAGUGGCAAAAUGGCCGACCUGCUGUAUAUACACGCAGUGGCACAGUACAUAGAGGCGUUAGAGGUUUUCUGUUUUUAGCAUGGACUGAUAAUGUUUGCGUCUGUCAGGCAGCCGUGUGUAAAUGAAGUGUCUGAUGUACUGUUGUGAAAUAAAUGUUUCUGUUGCUUCAAA